ACUAUAGUAGAACAAUUUAUAGAUUGUUAAGAUAACAAGUUUUAGAGAGAGAGAGAGAGCUAUGGAGGUUUCUUUGAGAACAUCUGAUGAUGGAGUAGUUGUUGUGAAGGAAGAUAACAGAGUUGAAUCUAAUGGUUGUUGCGACAAAGAAAUUAUCCACACGGAUAAUCAACUUGAAUCAGCCAAAGCCGAAAUGGGUGAGGCGAGAGAAGAAAACCGAAGAUUAAGGAUGCAUUUAAACCAAAUCAUGAAGGACUACCAGACCCUUCAAAUGCAAUUCCAUGACAUUGUUGGACGAGGAGCAACUAAGGAGUCCACAAACACGACUCGCACUAGUCACCAAGAAACCGAGGAACCAGAGUUUGUAUCCCUCAGUCUUGGAAGAACUUCAAGUGAUUCGAGAAAAGACAUUGAAAAACCUAGCAAAGGUAAAGAGGAUUUAGAAGACAAACAAGGUUUGGCUCUUGGGCUAGAUUGCAAGUUUGAAGUGCCUAAGACAACACCAAUUGAGACUUCAUUGAAGUUAAGCCCCGAGAAUAGUUCGAAUGAAGUGAAGGAUGAAGCCGGAGAGACUUGGCCACCGCCUAAAGGUGUGAAGACAAUGAGAAGUGGAGAUGAUGAGGAAGUUUUGCUAGGGAACUCUGUGAAGAAAGCUAGGGUUUCUGUGAGAAUUAGAUGUGAUACGCCAACGAUGAAUGAUGGAUGCCAAUGGAGAAAAUAUGGACAGAAGAUUGCGAAAGGAAAUCCAUGCCCUCGAGCUUACUAUCGUUGCACUGUUGCUCCAUCCUGUCCUGUAAGAAAGCAGGUGCAAAGAUGUGCUGAGGACAUGUCCAUCUUGAUCACAACCUAUGAAGGGACCCACAACCACCCACUUGCCAUUUCCGCCACCGCCAUGGCUUCCACCACCUCAGCCGCAGCCUCCAUGUUAAGCUCCGGCAGCUCCUCCACCACCGGAUCACCAUCCACUGCCAUUACCGCCUCCACAACCUCUGCCCUCCGUGGACUAAACUUUUAUCUCUCUGAUAAUCCAAAAUCAAAUCAAUUUGUCUUCCCUUACUCUUCAAUCUCAUCUUCACCGUCGUACCCUACAAUCACACUUGACCUCACUUCAUCUUCAUCCUCAUCCCAUUUUAGUAAAAUAUCAUCAAGUUUUCUCUCAACUCCAAGAUAUUCUUCCACAAAUCUCAACUUCAAUUCAUGGAACAAUAAUACUGGAGUCCUUAACUAUGGGACUCAAUCUCAACUCUAUAACAAGAACAACCAAUUUGGGUCCCUAAGCUUUUCAAGACAACAAACUCAAGAAAUCUUCAAUCAAUCCUUCAUGCAGAAAAGUAACCCUAACCCUAGUUACCCUAUUAACCCUAACCCUUCUCAACAACAGCCUCUACCAGCAGAUAGCAUUGCAGCUGCAACCAAGGCUAUCACAUCUGACCCAAAUUUCCAAUCUGCUUUAGCCGCCGCUCUAACAUCAAUCAUUGGAGGCAGUGGCAAUGGCAGUGGCAAUGAUAGUGGUGGUGCAAAAACCCUUGGAUCUCAGGGACAAAACCUAAAUUUGGGGGAGUCGUUUCCCGGGGUUUCUAACUUCCCAUCAAUUGUUCCAAGUGCAACAAACAAAUGCUAUUCAACACCUUCGUUGCUAUUUUCCACAUCUAAGAGCAAAUCUACCUCUCCUAGCAAUGGAGAUUAGAUACCAUAUCAUAUGAUUGAUUUUGCAGGGU